UCAAAUUCAACCAUUUUCUUUUAAAUUUUAGGGCAAAAGUAAUUCUUGAAAAUUGUCCUGUUAUUUAUUUAUUUAUUUCCAUCAAAAGAUUCAUACAUGUCUUGACACAAAAUAAAAACACCACAAACUCAUAAAAUUCCCAUGGAGUACGCAGCAGCAGCAUAUCCUCAAAUGCAUCAAAAUCAAAAUGCAAACCCUAACCCACCGCAGCAACAGCCACAGCGACAGCCACAACCAAUCUCUACUUCUUUAUACUCUUCUUAUUAUUAUCCUCCUCCUGCUGCUGUUGCUGCUGAUCCCCAAAACCAGCACAUUACUACUCAAUUCUACACCACUGACCCCACUACCAGUCUUACACCUCCUGGGGUUGAAUCCUACACUAACUACCCACAUCUUGCCUACUGUUUCGAUCCCAAUUCCAAUACUUGGGUUGCUAAGGAAGCUGUUCGGCAAUAUGGGUCUGCUCCUGCUGCCUUUCCUGCCCCUGUUAGCAACACUAUACCUCCAAAUGGCACAGAGCAGUUGGCCGUUUCACAUCUGGACUCAACUUUGUGGGCCAAUCUUACAUUUCUUGCCCAAGGAAAUAGCAAUCAGAAGAAGCAACAGAAAAAAACACAGCAAAAGAAAAUGAAGGUUGUUCAAUCUGCAUAUUGUGAAGUUUGUAAGGUGGACUGCAACAGCAAGGAUGUACUUGACCAGCAUAAACUAGGAAAGAAGCAUAAGAAAAACUUGGAGAAAUUACAAGCAGCUGCUGCUGGCUGCAGUGUCUCAGCAGGAUCAAGUAAUCCAGUUAUUGGGCCACAAGAAAACCCCAGUAAGAGUGAAAAUGGAAAUGGGCAAAAGAGUAAGAAGAAGGCCGCUGAACCACUGGAAGAUUUGGAUACGAAGAGAAGAAGAAUUCUUGAGGGUGGAGCAGCAGCAGAUGCAGUCAGGGUAUGUUCGUUUUGUAAUGUGGUGUGCAACAGUGAUACAGUGUUCAAUUCUCAUCUUGCUGGACAAAAGCAUGCUGCUAUGCUGAAAAAGCUUGCUGGAAUAAGAAUGGCCACUGCCAUAUAAAUAUAAGAUAAUCAGAAUGAAUGGAUUGGACACACCUAGUACUUUCCUUUUUGUUGCUGUUCCGGUAUAUUCUUGUUCUAUUAACAUACGUAGCCAUUUUGUCUAUUCUGUUAGAGAACCGCCUCCACAGGGAAAUGUUUUUGAUAACAUGGCGGGGAGACUUGGCAUUCAUCAUCUCUAGGACUUUUUGAGUAGCACUGCUUACUUCCCUAGGCAUAAUUUUGUUUUCCAAAUGUCUGGAUGUUCAUAUCCAGGGAAGCACAACGAGCCAACAGUAUUUCCUACAAACACAACCAUUCUAACAAUCUUAUCCUUUGAACUGACUGUUUUUGAAAUGCAAUGUAUCUAUGAAAUUGAAGGAUCUGUAA